AUGAAGAACGACAGAAGACUAACAGGGUUACCCAUUGAGACUCGUCUUAAAGUUGCUCUUAAAAUGAGUAUCUCCAAGCUUCGUUUUGUUCAAGAUAAGAAAACCGCCCUUGCCAAACAGCAACGCCGUCUGCUUGCGGAUUUGCUUUCCCAAGGCAAGGAACAAAGUGCAAGAAUUAGGGUUGAGAAUGUCAUUAGGGAAGAUAUACACGUUGAGCUUUGUGAAAUGCUCGAGCUCUAUUGCGAGUUGUUGCUUGCAAGAAUAUCUCUUCUUGACUCCUCCAAAGAAUGCGACCCAGGCCUCGAAGAGGCGGUGAAAACAAUCAUUUACGCUGCGCCCCAUUCUGAAAUAAAGGAGCUCAUGAAUGUUAAAGAUAUCCUAGGACAUCGUUUUGGUCCUGAAUUCUAUCAAGCCGGUAUAAAUAAUACGGAUGACAUUGUUCCUAAGAAAGUUGUCGAUCGUGUUAUUGUUAAGGCGCCUUCUUCAGAACUUGUUAGUUUGUAUCUUAAAGAGAUUGCCCAAGUCUACGAAGUGCCAUUUUCUGAGCUUACGGAUGACGAAGACGACCUUGAUAGGUUAGUUGAAGAGGCUGCCGCACUUUCCAGUGGUGAUGAUGAGGGAGGUGAUGGUCUUAGGGACAAAACCCCGCCGAUACAGGUGCUUGAGGAGGUAGCAGAGGCCCCUAAAGACAAGCUUCCAAAUAUCAUCAACAGUGUAAAUGCCCCGAUCAAGGUUUCUCUGCCAGCAAAGACCAGUGAAAACCGUUCUCCUUCCGUAAAGGUGCCUCACAGUAUGGACAAAAUUGUUCUGCACAACAGCAGUCGCCGCAAGCUGUCAGGCAGCACCCCCACUGCCCCAAAUACCGAUAUUGAGUCGUUGCGACAACGAUUUGCAGCACUCAAGCGUGGGCUAUGA